AUGCGCAGAAGAGCGCCGCCGCCGAGCGCGGCAGGUCCCGUUUCUGCGCACGCGCGCUGCGCCCGCGAAGUGCCCGCUCGCUUUCACGUGUCCGCGGCCCGCCCCGCCUGGGGGCGCCUUGGCGCUGACUCUGAGCCCGGGCCGGAGCCCGGAUGGCGGCGGCUGGCGGCACUGCUGGUGCUGGCGGCCGGGCCGCGACAGCCUCCCCGGGACGGGACGCCCGGGACCCAGCCUCGGACACGGGCAUCUGAGACCUCAGGCUCGCCGCCACCCUCCGCCGGCGUCCGGUCUAGAGCAAGACCCUCCCCAGACCCCCGACCAGAGCUCCGCUCCCCUAACGGUUUCUUCCUGGCAUCCUCCUCCCGAGCCCCCCCCCCCGCCAAGUCCCCGCGGUGCCUGGAAAACGGUCUCCGCGUGGGUUUGCAUUCUCCUCGAACGUGGGCCCCUGCGGUGUGUCGUCUGCAGCAUAUCAUCCCAGCCUGCGGCCCCUGCCGAGAGGCAACUUCCUCCAGUUCAAAAGCAGCAGAUCCCAGGCCGGGCCUCCGGAAUUCCUCGUCGUCCCCACGGAGUGUGUCACAGUGGGAGAGAUUUCCAGCUGUGCUCUUUUCAGUAAAAAGUGUCACUGUCUGUCUGUCUCAGAAAUGGAAGCAGCUGUCGAGGUUACAGCGGAACGUGGUCCUCUUCCUGCUGGCGUUCCUGAUGCUCUGCGGCCUCCUGUCCUACAUCAGUGUGGCCGACGAGUGGAAAGCCGUGGGCAGCAGGUCGGCAGAAGGGCCGAAGAUGAGACCCGCAAAUCCACUCGUCUUGCCAGCUCCUCGGAGAGCAGCUGAGAACCCGGAAACCUUCGCGGGGGCGUCCCCUCAGAAGCCUCCAAGGCAUUUCCGACGGGGACCCCCCAACCUGCAGAUUAGAGCCCCCGAUGGAGACGCCAAGGACAGGAGGCAGGAUGAGGCCCAGAGGAGGGCAGAGGCGGUGGGCGAGACUCCCCAGGAAGACGACGCGCAGGGAAGCCGCGUCAGCCGGAGGGGCACAGGGACCGAACCGGAGCAGGGCACCCAGCUGCCUCUGAGAAAGGCAGAGGCCCCCGCCAGGCCUUCCCCGCAGGCCCUCAGGACGAGGAACAGUCCAGGAGAACUGAGUCUGGGUCCCCGCCAGGACCCUCUGCUCUCGGUGCUGGAGCCCCCAGGGAGGACAGGAGAGCCCGGAGUGGGGACACGGGGCGACCGUGUGGGGUUAGAAAUGGGGGGCAGAGCCGUGGGUGUCGACACUGACGGGACGUGUGGUGAAGCCGUGGACACGUGUUCCCCUGCGCGGCAGCCCCGUGUGAAGCGGGAGCACACAGCCAUCCUGGGCAGGUGGUCCAGGGCCCCAGCUGUGGCCUUCAGACACUGUCCCCAGGAGGGGGCUGAGAACCGUGGCGAGGGCGGGUUCAGCCCUGUGGUCGGGCCCAUCGGGGCGGCAGCGUCCAAGGAGCGCAGCCCUCUCUGCAGCCCGCCCUGCUCACUGCCCUGCCCUCCUCUGCCCCAGGAGGCCGUGGAGGAGGUGACCAGGCGCGUGCACUCCCUGCGCGGGAAGGACGGGCUGGUGCCCAUGUUCAUCAACACCAACAGCGGGCUCUUCACCCACCUGGGCAUGUUCACCCUGGGCGCCAGGGCCAACAGCUACUACGAGUACCUGCUGAAGCAGUGGAUCCAGGGUGGGAAGAAGGAGACACAGCUGCUGGAAGACUACCUCGAAGCCGUGGAGGGAAUCAAAAAGCACCUGCUGCACAGAUCUGAGCCCGGCAAGCUGACCUUCGUGGGGGAACUCGCCCACGGCCGCUUCAGCGCCAAGAUGGACCACCUGGUGUGCUUCCUGCCAGGGACGCUAGCUCUGGGCGCCCACCACGGCCUGCCUGCCGACCACAUGGAGCUGGCCCGGGCACUCAUGGACACCUGCUACCAGAUGAACCGUCAGAUGGAGACGGGGCUGAGCCCCGAAAUCGUGCACUUCAACCUGCACCCCCAGAAGUCCCGUAAGGACGUGCAGGUCAAGGCGGCCGACAGACACAACCUGCUGCGACCCGAGACGGUGGAGAGCUUGUUCUACCUGUACCGCCUCACGGGCGACCGCAAGUACCAGGACUGGGGCUGGGAGAUCCUGCGCAGCUUCAACACGUACACGAGGGUCCCCUCGGGCGGCUAUUCUUCCAUCAGCAACGUCCAGGACCCCCGCAAUCCCCAGCCCAGGGACAAGAUGGAGAGCUUCUUUCUGGGGGAGACGCUCAAGUACCUGUAUCUGCUCUUCUCCGACGACCCAGACCUGCUCAGCUUGGACACUUACGUGUUCAACACGGAGGCUCACCCCCUGCCCGUCUGGGCCCCCUCCUAGGGCGGGACGGCUCCCGAGUGGGUGCUGCCCGGGGGACUGAUGAGUCCUGUCGAGGGUGCCUGUUGGCAAGACCCUGGCCCUGACUUUGGCUGUGUGGUGUCCACCCAGCUGGCUGGACGUGCUCCAGGCCGGGCUGAUGACAGAGGCCAGCGGCAACUGGGCCAGAACGUUUCGGGGCCUCAUAGCUGCUUGGGGUGGCCGCUGGGCUUCUGGUGCUCUGCCACGGGUUCUGGGCUCCUUGCCUGGUUCUCAUUGGGACACCGUUAGGAACAAGUAGGAAUAAAUCAGCGCUGUGAUUCAGGGAGGUCCCGUCCACCCGGGGAGCCUCUUCCUUCUUCCUGAGAAAAUCAAAUCAUGACUACAUUCCUGAUACCUAAAUGCUCUCCUGCUGGCCGUGCAGGGCUUUCUAGGGGUCCUGGGCCCUCUGGUCACCCUGGGCCACACUGGGUCCCCAGAGCCCAUGAUGAGAUCAGAGACAGGUGCUGUGGGGA